AUGACGCGGUUGAUGGAGCUGCAACGACCUCAACCCGCUGCUGGGAGGAGCUAUUGGGAGGAGAUCUGGGAGGAGAUGCUGUUGCUGUACCGUUUUGGAUCUUGCUACUACUGGAACAACAACUCCGCUGCGCAAUGGGCUGCCUCAACAAGAAGAGGGCUGAGACAGAGAAGCCGCGUGCGUGAUGCUGCUGACGCCGAAGACAAGUCACGUGGUGCUGCUAAAUCUGAAGACAAGUCACGUGGUGCUGCUGAAGUCAACGAAAAGGCAUCCUUGGGUUUCUUUCAUCCAUCCGCCAUCCACCACCGCGCCUUUCACCGGAUCUUCAACUCAAAGUCCCGAGUCACGUGGUGCUGCUGCCCAAGUCAACAAGAAGGCAUCCUUGGGUUUCCUCCAUCCACCCGCCAUCCACCACCGCGCCUUUCACCGGAUCUCCAACUCAAAGUCCCGAGAAAACCAACUGCUACUUCUGGAGCCGAAAUGAACUCCAUUGUUGCUGCUGAAGUCAAAAAGAAGCUGUGCGUGGUGCUGCUGACGUCGAAGACAAGUCACGUGGUGCUGGAGGAGCUGCACGGCACUUCAACUUACCUUCAACUCCUUGUCAAAAAACGAGGAGCUGAAGGCAAGGAGCUGCUGGGAGGCGCUGCUGGGAGGAGGCGCUGCCUUUGUACCCUCAAAGAAACAAUGAUUCCGCCGCGCAUGGGGGCUGCCUGGGUGCCUCGACCAGGAGGGGGCUGA